AUGGCACCACCAACCCUCCUCGUCCUCAUCUCCGGCUCCGGCAGCAACCUGCAAGCCCUCAUCGACGCAACCAAAUCCACACCGCCCCUCCUCUCGGCCACCAUUACCCACGUCAUCUCCAACAAAAAAGCCGCCUACGGCCUCACGCGCGCCGCAAACGCCGGGAUCCCAACCACAUACCACAACCUCGUCCCUUACAAGAAGAAGCACCCGACCACGGAGGCCGCGCGCGAAGCCUAUGACCGCGAUCUGGCCGCCCACAUACUGAAGCACAAGCCGGACAUGGUGGUGUGUGCGGGGUGGAUGCACAUCCUGUCGCCGACAUGCCUGGGCCCGCUGCAGGGGGCGGGUGUCGACAUUAUUAAUUUGCACCCGGCGCUGCCGGGGUGCUUUGAUGGUGCCGGGGCAAUUGAGAGAGCUUUAGAGGCGUGGGAGAGGGGCGAGAUCGAUAAGACUGGUGUCAUGAUACAUCAUGUUAUCACUGCGGUGGAUAGGGGGACGCCGAUCGUGGUGAGGGAGGUGCCGUUUGUGGAGGGGGAUACGCUAGAGAGGGUGGAGGAGAGGAUACAUGCUGUUGAGCAUGUAGAGAUUGUCAAGGCUACGAGGAUAGCGUUGGAUCAGAGGAGGGAGAGGUUGGAGAAGAGCUAG